GGUCGAUCGAACCGAACCGUGACCCGGCCGGUUUUUUGAAUUUUGCUGAAACGCUGUCGUUUUUGUGUGGAGGAGCCCCGAACCCUAACUUCAUCUCUAACCAAAACGCGUUCUUUGCCUCUCUCACACUUAGCCACUGUCCAGAGCUUCUCUCAUCGAACUCCUGCUCUUCCCUCACUCCCUCACUUCCGUCCAACUAUCGCCUGCUACCGUCGCCGUCGCAACUUCCAACUUUGAACAGCCACCGCCUGCUCCCUCACUUCCCUUCCUUCGCGCAGCAAACGUCGCAAACUUCCUUCCCUCCAUCGCGCAGCCACCGUUCGAUCGUCGAAGCCUCCAUCGCGCAGCCACUGUCCCGCCGUGCCAGCUCUGUUCCACCGCGCUCCUGUCCCUUCAGCGGCGUCUGCUCUGUUCCAUCGCGCAGCCCUUCCCUCGAAGGUAUUUUUUAUUUUUGUAACUGUAAUUGUGGUUUUAGUUUGUUGGUUAAUCAGUUAAUCUGUGAUUUGUUUCUGAUAUCCUUGAUUUCAACCUUGCUACUAUUAAUUUUUUUUUAUUGUGUAUCACUAUGCAAAUUAUCUAUGAGAUUAAUGGGUUGCUGUAAGCCUGUAAUAUUGAUAUUGGAAACAUUGCAAACAUUGAAAACAUUGCUGAUGGGCAAUAUCAUGUGCAAACAUUGUAUGAACCGAUCGGUGUUGCUGGUCAGAUUAUUCCCUGGAAUUUCCGUCUUCUCAUGUUUGCUUGGAAGCUUGCUCAAUAUGUUUCAGUUCCUCCCAAGCUGAGCCAACAUACUGUGCAUGACAGAUUCAGGUUAUGAUAUAAAUAUGGAAUAGAAGGAAUGAUCUCAAAUGGUUGAUUGGUGCUCACUUCAUCAGUGGCCUCAAUACACCAUCUCUCUAAUUCACCCCAUCCUACCUUUACAUACUCUCUAUUGCUGAGUGAACAACACUCAAAAUAGAGAGAGAGAGAAUCAUGGCGCAACAUGAUGACCUCAGCGCGCCACCGCGGCCGCUGCCACCGUCUCCAUCUCCCACUAAGACUGAUCCGCGUGCAAUUCACGCACGGGCUAUAAAAUCAGUUGCAACGGACAAUGCGACAUUCAACAAUCUGGUAACGCUUUACUCGAAAUUGGAGAGUUUGGCGUCCUACUCUGUCCGCGUGUUCAGCCAAAUCCGGAGUCCCAACGUUGUGUCAUGGACCGCACUUGUCUCCGCCCACUCCAAUACCCUCCUCGCCCUCCGUUACUUCGUUUCCAUGCUUCGCCACCCAACACUCCCCAACAAUCGCACCCUUGCCUCCCUCUUCCGCACCUCAGCUGCACUCUUUGCCCUCCCCUUUGCCCUUUCCCUCCACUCCCUCUCCCUCAAGCUCGCCCUUUCCAGUGAUCCUUUUGCCGGUUCUGCGCUACUCAGUUUUUACUUCAAGUGCCGUAUGCCAGACCACGCACACAAGGUAUUCGAUGAAAUACCUGAUAGAGAUAGUGUUUGUUAUUCCGCUAUGAUCGUGGGUCUAGCUCAGAAUUCCCGCUCUGUGGAUGCGCUUUUGGUUUUGGCUGACAUGAGGCAUCGUGGUUUUGCAUCCACAGAGCAUAGCGUUUCGGGGGGUCUGCGUGCUGCUGCUGAGCUGGCAGCAUUGGAGCAGUGUAGAAUGAUACACGGGCAUGCGGUUGUUGCUGGGUUUGAUUCAAAUGUGGUGGUAGGCAGUGCUCUGGUUGAUGGUUAUGGUAAAGCCGGCGUUGUUGAGAAUGCAAGGCAGGUUUUUGAGGAUAAUUUGGCUUGGAUGAAUUUAGUGGGUUGGAAUGCUAUGAUGGCCGGUUAUGCCCAGCAAGGAGAUCAUAAAUCUACUUCCGAACUGUUUGAUUCAAUGGAAUGCCAAGGACUGGUGCCGGAUGAGUAUAGUUUUCUGGCAAUGUUGACAGCACUCUAUAAUGCUGGAAUGUUUCUUGAGGCUGACCAGUGGUUGACAAGGAUGAAAGUGGAUUAUGGUUUGCAGCCAACUCUGGUGCAUUAUACUUGCUUUGUAGGUGCAAUGGCCCGUGCUGGGCACUUGGAACAGGCAGAGAGGGUAGCAUUGACAAUGCCAUAUGAGCCAGAUGCUGCAGUUUGGCGAGCCUUGCUGUCAGCUUGUGCUUUUCAUGGUGAAGCCGAUAAGGCUUGGUCUAUGGCCAGGAGGGUUUUGGAACUUGAACCGCUUGAUGACUCGGCUUAUGUUAUUGUUGCCAAUGUGUUGUCAGCUGCAGGAAGGUGGGAUGAUGUUGCAGAAUUGAGGAAAAUGUUGAGAGUUCGGAGGGUGAAGAAACAAGGAGGGAGAAGCUGGAUUGAAAUUCAGGGAAAAGUACAUGUUUUUGCAGCAGGGGACUGGAAGCAUAAGAGAUCCGCGGAAAUUUAUCGCAAGUUACAAGAGAUCAUGGGGGAGAUUGAGAAAUUGGGAUAUGUUCCAAUUUGGGAUGAGUUGUUGCACAAUGUGGAGGAAGAAAAGAGAAAGGAGGCUCUGUGGCAUCACAGCGAGAAGUUGGCAGUGGCAUUUGGUGUGUUAUGUGGGUCUGCACCACCAGGAAAGCCAUUGAGAAUUGUGAAGAAUUUGAGGAUUUGUAAGGAUUGUCAUGAAGCUUUUAAGUAUAUGACCAGAAUUUUACAGAGGGAAAUUAUUGUGAGGGAUGUUAACAGAUACCACAGAUUUGUUGAUGGUAAUUGUACUUGUAGAGACAUAUGGUAGCACAUAAGAUGAAUAAAUGGUCAAAUUAAUAUCCAAAAGAUUACUUAUUUUUUAAAU